CUUAAAUGAUCAUACAAAAAUAUCAACUUGACAAAAAACAUGUGCAGCAUUAUGCGUAACGUAUCUUCAUUGCUGCCCUUUUUUAUCCUAAGUCUCGUUUUAAUAUCGAGAGUGAUUAUUGUCGAGAGUACAGUGCCACUCAUUCAUUCCAUUCCAUUGAAAAAUGAUACGAAUAUACCAGAAGAAUACAAGGAUCUACCAAUAGUAGCACAAUGUUGUCUGGUGAAUCAAAUUCUAUUUCGAGAUGAAAAUAAGGGUAUGGAGAUAUGCGUUUCUUUGAACUCAUUCGAGCAACCAUUCUCCCCAUAUUUUCAUAAAUCUAAUUCAUCUGGUAUAUGGAGUUCAGGGGAAAAACAAGAUAGUUUUGUUGCACUCGUUGGUUAUCCUUGUCAUUAUGGCAGUUUUAAUUUAAAUGAGAGAAACAAAACCUAUUAUCUUUUAUUUAAUGGCUCGAUAUAUUAUCCUUCGUAUAAACCUUCAAUGCUCAUGCCUGGUAAAGAUUAUUGCAUGGAAUACGUUCCUGAAUUAGGAUUGCUAAUUAGAGUAUGCUUUUCAGAAGAUGUUAAAGUAAUGAAAGCCAAGCCAGAAAAUUUGUUUAGCAUUAUCGGACUUUUAACAUCCAUAAUACUUCUAAUCCUCACCAUACUAAUUUAUUUAAUAAUACCAAAAUUGAGAGACAUCUAUGGACGUGUAAUUUGUCAUUAUUGUGGAUGUCUUGCAAUGGCGUUUAUUAUUCUAACGAUACUGCAACUUGAUGGUGCACGUUGGAAUCGUUACACGUGUAUGAUUAUAAGCUACGUCAUCCAAUUCUUUUUCCUUGCCACGUAUAAUUGGUUGAACGUGUUAUGCAUCGUUACAAACAAUUUCAUACGAAAUUAUGUUAAUCAUGCAUUGAUUCUCCCAAAAACAAACAAAGCAUUCUUCUUUUAUUAUUCCUUGUGUGCAUGGGGCUCUUCAAGUAUCCUUGUCAUUGCAGACAUAUGUCUUAAUCUCAACCCGAUGAAAUUUAGUACAGAAAGUGAAAGCUGUUGGAUUGAUUCGGACAUCAAGUCGACGACGUUCUACUUCUUCCCAGUGUUAAUAUUCUUAAUAAACAAUUUAAUAGUUUUUAUCUUCACUGGGAUAACGAUAAGACGAUUCAAAAAUGAUCUCAAAAUCCGACUGUUGACCAGAAAUCAAAUAUGCGAUCGACAGGAUCAAAGGAUGCUUUGUAUUCUCAAUAUAAGCCUAAUGGCACCCGUAGUAUUAUUUUUCUUUAUGGCAUUUACUUGGGCUUUGCAAUUUAUCACUUGGAGUAAUAACAUUAAUUCAUUCAAUUGGUACCCUUUGAAUUUAGUUAAUGCAGUCCAUGGUUUCUUUGCGUUCGUCAUUUUCGUACUUCGUAGGCCAAUACGAGGUUUGAUUUGGGAUAGGAUACAAAAUCUUCAUAAUAGUCAAAGACAAACACCUAGACAGACAAGCAUUUAUAAUCAUUUUAUUCUACACCCUUUAAAAAUUGGAAACUAAGAUUCACGUUACCUGAUCGAAUGAUUUACACCAGGGCAUCUAAAACCUUUCCAAUUUUUAUUAACCCUUUUAUACCAACCAAUAUUUUUGCGAUCUUAAAUAUAGACUCUGUAAUAUCUUCUGUUUACUAUCAUAAACUCACGAACGUACUAUACAUGUAACGUUGCCAAACAGGUUUUGAAUUCAUUUUCGGCCAUUGUGUAUACCAGGAAUUUUUUAAUUACGCGACCCCAUAUGGGAUCGUAAUAUAAAAUGGAGUCAUAUCAAAAAUACGUAUUAGAAUAAUAAUAUGUUAACAAAAUUAAAACUUUCAGCUUGUACAUAUGUAUGUAUCCAACAUUUUCGACUAGUAGUAUAAAUGAUACGAAUUGUAUGAAGAUUAUUUGAUAUUAUAUAACUAGUUACUAUACACGUACAUGAUUUUCACUUAAAUUCGAUAACGAACUAAUGGAACAAAGAUUAGAUUCUCAACGAAAGAUCUCAAAUUUGUGAUCAAGGUAUUUGAUUGGCUGUUAUCGAAAUUAUACUUCUUUUAUUUAUUUGUAUUUCAUUGAUAGAAAGAAAAUGUUGUUGUA